AUGUGUACUAGAGCUGGUGUGUGUAGAUUGUUGAGUGAAUGGAUGGAGGGAUUUACGGCAGACACUGCUACGCGGAUACGACAGACUGGGUUGUCGCACCUGCCGAGCAUUAUGCACGACCACCUUGAUUUUCCGCUGAUUUCUGCUUUUGUGGAGAGAUGGCAGUCAGAUACAAACACCUUCCACCUACCUUUUGGUGAGAUGACCAUCAUGUUGCACGACGUUUACCACAUACUUGGUAUUCGGGUUGAAGGUGAUAUGGUUGCCGAGGAUCUAUCUAGUGACCGGUAUAGGACAUUUGCAGCUGAGUUGUUACAGUUGGCUACAGAGGAGCUACAGGUCAAGACUCAGACUGCCAUAUAUAGGAAUGGUGGCAUCCAUACUGACCAGAUUUUUGAUAGGUGUCGUACUGUAGAGACUACAGAGGAGGUUCAGGUCAUUGGUUACAUGUGGGUCCUUUUGGGUAACACACUCUUUACUGACAAGAGCGGUUGUCGUACCCACCCUUCUUUUCUCACUGAGUUGUUUGUGGAGCAUAACCUGGAGAGGUUGACGAGAUACUCCUGGGGUUCAGCCACACUAGCGUACUUGUAUCGUCAGCUCGGGCAUGCCACCCGAAAUGGAUGUGAUUCUAUCGCGGGUUGUCUAACUCUUCUCCAGUCUUGGAUAUAUGAGUACUUUCCAUGUUUUCGGCCUCACCAGGGUGUGUUGACGCGAGACGUUCCAUAUGCACGUGCAGGGUUAUGGGAUGUUGGUAUGGCGCGGAAGCAUCAACAACGUCUCGUGUCCUUUCGUACUCGACUUGACCAGCUGGGUGACCAUGAGGUAUGCUGGUUGCCGUACGGAGCUUUUCCUGCAUUACAGAUGCCUAGGACUGCGUUUACUGGAUGUAUUCGAUAUCGAGGCAUCAUAGAGCCAUAUAUGCCCGGUCGAGUUGUUCGAUAG